CUGGCAGGUAAUAUACAGGGCGGUAGGGAGGAGCCAGGCCCGACACUUACAUUGCUCUACUAAUCCAGCAUCGAUUCUGUAUUCUCUCCCAGUGUCUUGGUGGCGGACUAAGUGCUACAAUUAGUUGGUUUAGUAGUAAAUAAAUACUAAAAUGGCGGACGAUGACAACGCUGACUGGUUCUCAGCGGCUGACGAACCCGAAGCCGCCCCUGAACCAGCGGCGGCACCUGCGGGGGCGGCUGGAGGCGCUGAAGAAGCUCCAGCUGCUGGCGGGGAAGCCCCAGCUGAAGGCGGCGCCCCUGAGGAAGCAGCCGCCGCCGAAGCGGAGGCUGACUACUUGGAUCCUGACAAACUGUUGUUGUUCAAACAUUGGAUAAGACCAAAAUUCUUGCCCUAUAAGUACCUCACUGACUACAGAUACAACUACUACGAUGACGUGAUCGACUACCUAGAUAAAAGAAACAAAGGCAUCUUUAGAGACAUCCCCGUAGCUCAAACAUGGGCAGAGAGAGCACUCAGAACCUACAACAAGAAAUCCAAUCAAUUGGAAAGCUUCAGAAGAAAGAUUGCUGACCAGAUUUUAAUCCAAGACACGAAAUUCAGCGGCAAAUUUCAGCUGCACCAUAGCAAAACCUACAUCAAUAAAAGAUAUUCGAGUAUACUGCUUUAAGACAAGGGUAUUUUAAUUGUUGAUUAAGUACCUACAUUAAAUAGAAAUAAAUUAUUACAAGCUUAGGGUUGUUACAACUUUUAGAAGAAAUGCCAUGUGAGAAAUGUACUUGUAGACUGUGGAGGAUUCAUUGGAGUUGAUUUAGGAAGAUAUUGUCGAUAUUACUUAAGUAGAAGAAUGUUUAAAUGUGAUGGUUACUGCCAAUAAAUGCUAUAUUAUUAAUUUCUA